AUGCAUGCACAUGAGUCUUUGACGCUGCGGACUCCAAUCUUCACCUGCGACUACCUAGGCAAGACCGGCCGGCUUUUCGACGCUAUACUGCCCUUCCCUGUCUCUUGGUCUCCGCGAUCACUUCGACAACUCCUUCUUGUCCGGCCGCUUGGCGGGCUCGGUCCCAGCCCUGACCAGGACGAGUAUUGGCGAAAGGACCUACACAACACCGCCGCCGGGGAGCUCAACAACGCAAGUCGGGAGUUUCUUCGACUUGUAAAAGGCCGCGGUGGAGCUUCCAAGGACUUGCGCGUGAGGACCUGGUCGGGCAAGACGAUGCUACGGCGGGCAUCUGGCUUUGAACUCGCUUUGAACUCGACCCGGCGCAGCUGCCGGGAUGCGGCCGCGCUCACGCACUCGUGGUGGCCAGGUACCGGUCUGCCGCUCUUCUACCAGAGCUUUGGCGGGCCAGACAAGGGUUGGAGGACAAGUGUCGGCAAGGAGGCGGCGUCCAGGAUCCUUCAGGCGCCUUCAACCACGGGUACAGCUCAGACUCUCGGACCUGCAGAGAUGACCUUUGGCGAGCAUCACUGGCAGCCGGAAAUGGCCAUGACAUUGCACACGACCAUCGCGACUCUCGUGGCAACCGACCUUGGUCGACAAGCGGGCAACCCACGUGUCAACGGGGAGGCCCCGGUGGAGAGUGCAGACAAGAUACGUUCCAGCGAGCCUUCUUUCACUGGCCGUUUGACUGUUAUCCUGGAUCUUCCUCCGAGACACCAAGCCCACGUUCACCUACCACGGGAGCGAGGCCGUGAAGCUUGGCCAGGGCCAGACGAGAUCUGGGCAGAGCUCGGGCCUCGGCUCGAAAAGGAGGCUGCGGAUUGCACCGCGAAAAUGCAAGACGACGAGGAGGUGCUUGACCGAGUAGAGAGGGUAAAGAGGGGAGUGGCUCGGAGAAAGAAGGCGCAGCUCGACGCCGAGUUUGUCGACAACCCGGGCUCCGAUUCCCGCCAUGGAGAAGACGAGGAAGAAGCGGCCGAGGAUGGCGAGAAAGGCGGGGAGGAGGUUGCUGGACCUGACCGUCAGACAACUUGGAUCGAUGGGAAUCGCCAGGCCACUCGAGUCGGCAGCCCUCGUCGCCGAGUGGGAGUCAACAAGAUGGGAACGGACACUCAGCUGGCGCUGCCGCCCCAGCCAGGAGGCGACGCCAAGGUCCUCGUCCUCGCAAGCCCCAGCAACGUGCUGAAGGGCUUGGACUCCUGGACGCUGGACACGGGGCGGAGCGUGAACUCCCGAAAGACGGCUGUCGCAGAGAAUGAAGAAGCCGAGAGAGACUAUAUGAUGAAGAAGGACGCGCACGUCAGGACGCUCCUGUCGACGUUGCGGUGGGCGAGGUGGCACCUGGCCACCAGCCCGCUCCUCGACACGCCUCGGAUCCAAGCAACUGUUGUUACCGCCCCGAAGCAUAUGGUGGACGUGGCCGACACUCCAGGCCGAGAGACGCGACUCGGGUGUCAACUCAACACGUCGCAGCAAGACCCUGCCGAGGCCAACCACAACCUCUGCUGCCUCGCCCGGCCCAGAAACGACAUGAUGCUCUCUCCCCUCGAGUGCUGGAACAGGGCCUUCAACUUGAUCAUCCACGCGAGACAAAGGGUUAUAAUUGCCGACGCCGACGCCAUCAUGGAGAUGCUGGAGACCCGGGUCAGGGUCGUCUGGGAGGGGGAGUCUCUGCCCUCGGCUGACGGCCGGCGCCACCGGCUAAUGGACCACGCGGAUGCUGUGCCUGGAGGAACCGGGUUCAAUGUUGGCCCGCUGUUCUUCUCGUCAACAGGGGAAGACGAGAUGGGCGUCUUGCUCAUCGACUCGGACCUUGCACCAGACGCCUGUUUGGAGUUUCCGGGCACGGCGACGCAUCCCUCUGGCAAUGUUUAUACCGCAGGCGCUGUCCAGACCCCGGAUGAAAGUCGGUGGGCUCGGGUUGCUGGGACCAUGCCUUCUACUCUCUCGCCGACGGCGUCAUCCGCGGCCGAGAGGCGCAGCAGCAGCGGACCCGAGGUGGAGCGUCUGCGGGCGACAAGCAGGCGCAAAGCCGUGGCCGAGAAGGUCCGGGAUAUGGCGGGCCGUUCGACUGUGCUUGGCCAAGCGGUCGAUGCUGUUCAUGUAUGGGCGGAAUCUGGAGCCGAUUAA